AUGUCGAAGUUCGUGGUUCUAGUUUGUGCGACUGUGAUAUGGUGUGCCGCAAGGACGACUUCCGAAACAGCUAGUGUAACAUAUACGUACAAUUCGUCAGAUUUGUCUUAUUUAUCGAAUGGUAUCCAGUUUCCAGUUGCCGAGUCCGAAGUUCAACCACUGCUAGGGGCAGAUAUUCGUCAAAAUAUAACGGAAAUGCAGUGGUUCUCUGGACUUUACGAUCAUUUUAAGUGGUGGACGCAUUUAAAUGGCCUGGACAGUAAACGAUGUCGGGGCGAUAUAAUGACUUACCUGAGGGAGCUCAGCAAUGCCACUUCCUGGGCAACAAAAAUGUACGAUGCAUCUGGCCGUUAUACGGGUCAAUUCUUCUUCGGAAACGAUUAUUGGCUCGGAUCAAAGACACUGUGCAAAGAACUGACGAAUAUUGAGACAAACAAGGAGGUACCUCCAUUUGAGGUUUAUUUUUAUGUGGCAAAAAUUAGGAUCAACAUCAACAAUCAAGCUACUCCCGUUACGAGGCAGUUGAACCUGGGUGAGUGCCUGCCUAGGUCUUGCGGUGUGGCUGGAGUUCGCAUGCUGUUGGCACAAGAACGCAAUCAAGGGGCAUCGGUAAAUAUUGUGGGUGUACGAGAAGUUCCUGGGAAAUACUCUCUAUUGUCUGAUUUGAAAGUUCACAUUUUGGGUGGAACUGUAUUAAUUACAGUCGCUAUAAUUGUGGUAGCAUCACUAACAGAAAUAAUAAUAAAGAAACGACAUAGACUAGUAGAACAUAAAGAUGCUGAAGUGGAGAACAACAAUCAAAACCAAAACAACAACAAUAACAAUGUAGAUGAUAAUAAAUAUGUGAAGCGAAGUACUGAAAUGGUUCUGAAAGAAGAAAAUAAUAAAACAAAUAAAACUAGAAACGGUAUAUUUUUAAGGCUAUUGCUGUCUUUCUCUGCCGUAAGCAAUGGGAAGAAAAUUAUUUCAGUGGACAGAGUAUCAAUGGAGUCGAUAAAAUGUAUCCACGGAUUGAGAUUCUUUUCCAUAGGCUGGAUCAUAUUGGUUCAUUCAUACCUCGAGUUAUUUGCAAUUGCUGAUAAUAAAAAUUUAAGGAUUUUGACCGAAAGAGGUUUCAUGUAUCAGACGAUCUCUAACGCGACUUUCUCCGUAGACACUUUCUUCUUUAUUAGUGGUCUCUUGGUAACUCUACUUUACUUCAGAACGGAGUCUAAGAAACAGCUUCCGAAGAAACCAAAGAAUACCUGCGAAGAUAUCCAGGCGAACACACUAAAGUUUCUGUUUAUGUUACUUUACAGGGUUUUUAGACUGACGCCAGCCUAUCUGUUUGUUUUGGGAGCAAACGAAAUUGUUUUGAGGUACAUACAUAACCAUUCCGUGUUUUCCCCUGCAAUUAUCGAUCACGUCAACUGUGACAAGUUCUGGUGGAGAAAUGCUCUCUACAUAAAUAAUUUCUACCCCAGAGAUGAGUUUUGCAUGUUGUGGUCUUGGUAUAUGGCAAAUGACACUCAGUUUUAUAUUUUGGCCAGUAUUUUAUUACUGAUUGCUGUGAGAGGCCCUAAACAUGUAAAAUUCGCUGCCGUAUCAAUCGGUGUGCUAAUGUUGGCGUCGUGGAUUGUAUCCUUCAUAAUCGCUAUGAAAUGGGACUACAUUGCGAGAGUGGAGGAACCGUUUGCUCUAUUCGAUCAGCUUUACGACAAACCUUGGCUGAGGAUAGGUCCGUACCUGAUAGGAAUAAUGGCCGGGUACAUGUUGUUCCGCAUUGACUGUAAAAUCUCAAUGUCCCCGAUAGUAGUAACAGCAGGAUGGGUGGCGUCCCUGGCGUGCCUGGCGAGUUUGGUUUAUGGUCUGGGCCGAGAAGGCUUGGCUGUGCCUGGGUCUGCAUUUUACGCUGCCUUGGGACACACAGCAUGGGGUUUGUCCUUGGCAUGGAUAACAAUAGCUUGCUGCACUGGACAUGGUGGAGUAAUAAAUGCCUUCCUCAGCUGCAAGCUCUUCCUACCUCUCAGUCGACUCACCUACUGCGCUUAUUUGGUCCAUCCCGUGCUCAUGUGUGCCACCAGUUUCGUUUUGGAUGGAUCUCUUCACCUACACAAUGCGAUGGCUAUUGUAAUAUUCAGCGGAAACGUGGUGUUGUCAUUUUUAUGUGCAUUUGCCAUAUCUUUAGCCUUUGAAGCUCCUGUGGUAAAUCUACUCAAAAUUGUAUUUGCUUGAUCUGAUAUAGUACAUUGAAAUAGAAAAUUAAGGACUGUAUUAUUUUUAAUGUACA